CACGUCAACUUUCAAUUGCCAAAAUUAGCAGUUAUACGUACGGACACCGGAGAAUCUUCUCGCGUCCUUCCAUCUCCCACUCCAUUCUGCUUCAGCUUUCCCCUCCGUUCUCCGAUCGCCAUCGUAAGCUCGGUUCGUUGACAUUAUCCUCUCGCCGGCGCAAGAGGCCGAAGGUUUUUGUUUUCAUUGUUUACUCGGAAGCUAGUCCCGGUAAGCGCCGUCCUUCCAGGAGCUUUCCUCCGACGAGCUCAUGCUGUCAGCUCGGCGUCUUCUCCCGCUCCUCACGAGUUAGGAGUGACCGCGAGCGAAUUGCGUACUGUUACCAUGCACAUGGCAUCUUCCAAUGAAGAUAGUGAAAUUGUGCCCGAAUGCAUCACCAAUUACUGGUUGUUCGACCACAGUGUUAAUCCGACCUCAUUUACCAAUUUGCCUCUUCAGUGGCCGGGGGAUGAAAUUCAUCGUGAUUUGCAAACAGAGAUAUUCUUACGUGGGACUGGAGACGAUGGGCUUCAGGAAGUAUGUAAGCAGGUGAUUGCUUGGAGGUUUGAACUGUCCUACGCACAGCCUGAGAUAUCGAUGCUUUCCAAGAACAGGAAGUGGAUGCAGCUUUGCCAUCCGAAGAAGAGCUUCGAGAAGUUUAUCAGGAGUGCCUUGAUCACUGUUUACUCACUUCAUUAUCUAAAGAGGAAUCAAGAAUCAUCAGGGGAUCACCUGUGGAAUCACCUGCAGAAAUUCUUUGGCUCGUAUGAAUUGGAACCUUCUAUGAAUGAUCUGGUAGCUCACCUGUCAUUAAUCGAGGAAGCAAUUAAGAGGGACAUAUAUUUGGCGAACUGUAAGUAUCUGCUUUCCAUCGUGGACAAGGAUAUGCGUGAAAGUAUAGCUUUGCACAAGGAUAUUCAACCAGCUAAAGUGUCAAAGUUCAUUGAUGAUACGGAUGAUGUCGUCAUUGAAGCUCAGGAACUUGAUGCUGAAGAAGAAUCUUCAUUUGAUACUGUAUGUGCAUUAUGUGAUAAUGGUGGAACAAUUUUGCCUUGUGAAGGGAUAUGCAUGAGAUCCUUUCAUGCCACAAAAGAAGCUGGUGGUGACUAUUGUGAAUCUCUUGGCUUCAUUAAUGAUGCUCAAGUCGAAGCAAUUCCUCUGUUUCGGUGUAAAAAUUGCAAGUAUAAGAAACAUCAAUGUUUUUCCUGUGGAAGGUUAAGCUCUUCUGAUACAUCUUCUGGUGCAGAGGUCUUCUCUUGUUGCUCGGGGACCUGUGGCCAUUUUUAUCAUCCCAAAUGUGUAGCUGAGUUGCUCCUUCCCAGUGAUAAAGCUCAAGCUGAAGAACUUCAAAAGAAAAUCAUUGCAGGGGAGCCAUUUGUAUGCCCUGUUCACAAGUGUUUGAUUUGCCACCAAAGUGAAGAUAAGACAGUUCAUGACUUGCAGCUAGCAGUUUGUAGGCGCUGCCCUAAGGCAUACCACCGGAAAUGCUUGCCAAGGGAAAUUUCUUUUGGUGACGAUGGAUUGCCUCAAAGGGCUUGGGAUCAUCUGCUGCCAAGUCGAAUAUUAAUAUAUUGCAUGGACCAUAUUAUAGAUCCUAAGUGGGGGACACCGGCUAGGGAGCACAUUAUAUUUCCGUCUGUGGAAGGAAAGAAGAAACACUAUCCCCCGAUCAGACCGAGGAUACCAGCGAAAAAGAAAUGCGCAACUUCUGAAAGCUGUUCAAUAGAAAAAACUGCUGCAAAGAUGCCAAAUACAAUUGAGAGAACUUCUGACACAGGCCAUGUUGGUGAUUUCUUGAGUGCCAGAAUACGGACACCGAACAUCACCAUUUCGGCCAAAAUAUCUUCAGAGAUCAACCAAUCCACCUCCAGUCGUGAUGACAAUUCACUAGGGAAAGAUAGCAGGUUUCCCUCGCUAAGCAAUUCAUCAUUCAAUUCGAGGCCAUAUUCCCAGAAGCAGCAAAAAGUGGCUUAUGUAGACCUUGAUGUAGAUGAAAAUGAAGAUAGGGAUCAAUGCUCUUUAGAAGACACCGAAAUGCAAAACCGAAUAUUGGCCCUGAUUGGAGAGUCCAAUGCUUCAUUUGAUGUUGAUGAAUGUAUGAGAAAGCACAAAGCCAAAUCAAAUCAUGCUAUGUUGGACAGGAGCAUAACUCUUGGCAAGGUGGAACACUGUGUGAAGGCCGUCCGAACUGCUCUGCAGAAAUUGGAUACAGGAUGUCCAAUUGAGGAAGCAAAAGAAAUUUGUGAGCCAGGGAUUCUGAAACAGCUCCUUGUUUGGAGGAUGAAGCUACGAGUUUAUAUGGCACCCUUUCUUCAUGGCGUACGCUAUACAUCUUUUGGUCGCCAUUUUACAAAAUCUGACAAACUUAAGGAGAUUGUUGAAAGGCUCCAAUGGUAUGUCCAAAACGGAGACACGAUAGUUGAUUUUUGCUGUGGUGCUAAUGAGUUCAGUUGUCUACUGAAAGAAAAGCUUAAGAUAAUCGGCAAAAGCUGCUCCUUCAAAAACUAUGAUCUUUUCCCUCCCCAGAACACAUUCUGUUUUGAGAAGAGAGACUGGAUGUCUGUUGAAACAAAUGAACUCCCUGACGGAUCCAAGCUGAUCAUGGGGCUUAAUCCUCCUUUUGGGGUCAAAGCAUCUCUUGCUAACAGGUUCAUUCGCAAAGCUCUCGAGUUCAAACCAAAGCUUCUUACUCUUAUUGUUCCGGAAGAAACAUAUCGCCUUGAUACCGGACCUGAUCCAUAUGAUUUGAUCUGGAAAGAUCGGCAACUGCUCACAGGAAAGUCAUUUUACCUGCCUGGGUCUAUUGAUGUGUGCAAUCGACAACUAGAGGACUGGAACGUUCAGCCUCCCUCACUCUAUCUAUGGAGCCGCCACGACUGGACAUCGCGGCACAAGGCCCUGGCUGACAAAUGCGGCCAUUUGGUGAACGACCAUUCCUUGACAGAAAACAAUACUCCCGAUCUGGUGAGGCCAACCGUCUGCAUGACUGAUGACAUGCGUGUCGACAUGGAGAUUUUUUAAAGUGGCCCAGCAGCCGCACUACAGAGGUUCCUGGGAGUUUCCCUGAGAAUCACCAGCAGCCUGAAGCUCCAGCUCCUGACCGUCCAGUAGGGGAACAACAAGAAGGCGGCUUCCGGUAUAUCGAACAAUGCCCGGUCCUGCCCGACAAUCAGCUUAUAUAUAACUCAUGUGGUUACAUUCAGCCUCCUCGCCUAUAUGCAGACCCGCAUCAUGGGCAGCAGUUCAUAUACCCUUACGGGCAGCAGCAGUUCACCUCCAUGCCUUCCACAUCCUAUCAGAGCACUUCCCCUUAUGAUCCCUUCAUGGACUCCUUGCCUACAACCAAUCCCAAGUAAAAACAUCUUAUUUUAUGAACGUUUAGAUUCGUCGUGCCGUUGAAACACUCUUAAUUCUUAAAGACGUCUGAGUCUUGGGUCACGUGCCAAUUUCCUUGCAGCAUUGAAAUACUGGGAUGUUUUAUAGAACUUCGAUCAAGAAAGAACAACAAAAGCUGCUGUUAUCAAA